AUGGCCGAUAGUACUUUUUCCUCUAUUCCCAUCGUGGACUUGCGUCGUCUUCAAGACCCGCUGACUAAAGCGGAAGCCUUGGAGCAAUUGCGGCAAGCCAUCUUCCAGGUUGGGUUCCUGUACUUGAUCAACCAUGGGCUCGAGUCACUUGUGAAAAGAACGCACGCGAAGCUCCCGGAGCUGUUCGCUUUGCCCACCGAGGUCAAGGAGCGAUGUAAUAUGAUCAAUUCCCCGGCAUUCGUCGGGUACACUCGUCUCGGAGCCGAGACCACAGCAUCCAAGACGGAUCUGCGAGAGCAAUUCGACUUCGGUACGCCGGGUAUGAAACAGUGGACUGAAAACGACCCCUUCUGGCAGAGACUCGAGGGGGACAGUCAGGUAUGCUCGGCAGCAUUCCUCCUCCAUAUCAAGCAUUCUAAUGAUGCAGUAUCCGGACCAUCCCGGGGCCCAAGAACUCGUCGAAGAUACAUCGCAGAGUCCGCGAAGCUAUCGCAGGAGUUCAUGCGAUACGUUUCAGAAUGCCUCUCCCUGCCGCCAACAACCUUCGAGUCGUUCAAGGGCAAAAUGGACCGUCUGAAGUUCAUCAAGUAUCCCCAGGCUGCGCCCGGCUCGCAGGGAGUAGGUCCACACAAGGACUCGACGGGCUUAUUCACUUUCCUCUCGCAAGACGACACGGGCGGACUCCAGGUGCUUAACAAGAACGGCCAGUGGAUCGAUGCCCCUCCGAUUGAGGGGAGUCUGGUCGUGAACAUCCAACAGGGAUUCGAGGCGAUUACCGGGGGUAUCUGCACCGCGACGACCCAUCGAGUGAUUGCCCCGACGACCAAGACGCGAUACAGCAUUCCCUUUUUCCUGGGCGUGCGAAUGGACCUCACGCUCGACCAGCUCCGUGAAUCCGCAGCACAUAUUGUAAAAUGUAUUCCUGCUUCGGAUGACCGGAAGAAGCGAGCCGUCGAUGUGCCGAGCGAGUUCCUCUCGCCUUUGUAUUCAUGUUUCGGAGAAGCGUACCUGCGUAAUCGGAUUAUCAGCCAUCCAGACCGAUUCAGACCCUCGACCCCACAUGCGAUUUAUUCCUCGGAUGAACCCGACCACCACGAACUUUACCUAAACACACAUCCAUCGCGAAACAAAACCACCAUGGCUUCCAUUCCGGACUCGACUCUGCGCGCCCUCGUGGACAAUCUCAAGUCCUCAGAUAUCUUCACCCCCUCAUCUGAAGGCUACCUGGACAGUAUCCGACGAUGGUCGGAGACCGGAGUCAAACAAGCCGGUGUUGUGGUGAUGCCCACUGAGACCGACGAUGUGCGUACUGCGCUUCUCUGGGCUCAGGAGCAUGACAUCGACCUCGCCGUCAAGGGCGGUGGUCAUUCCGUCGCGGGGACGAGUUCCAGCGACGGCGGGUUGGUGAUCGACCUGUCGCGCAUGAACAAAGUCACCGCGGACACGGAGAAGAAAACGCUGACCGUGCAGGGUGGCGCCGUGUGGAAGGACGUCGAUGAAGCGGGCGCAGAGCACGGGCUCGCGGCCGUCGGCGGCACAGUCAACCACACCGGGGUGGGUGGAUUGACCCUCGGCGGAGGAUACGGCUGGCUGAGCGGCCAGUAUGGGCUCACCAUCGACAACCUCCUGGCUGCGACGGUGGUGCUCGCAGACGGGCAAGUGGUCACGGCGUCUGCGACCGAGAACGCCGACCUCUUCUGGGGUUUGCGCGGCGCCGGAUACAAUUUCGGGGUGGUUGUCGACUUCACGUUCCAGGCGUAUGAGCAGAAGAACCCAGUCUACGCCGGAAUUAUCGCAUUCACACCAGACAAGCUCGAGGCGGUCAUCGAGCAGAUGAACGUGCUCUUUGAGAACCCCGAUCCUCGAUCCGGCGCUAUUAUCAUCCUCGCUCAGCCGCCAGGCGCCCCUACAAUCAUGGUCAACGUGCUGGUCUUCUACAACGGCACCAACGAGGAAGGCUCGAAGCGUUACGAGGGAUUCCUUGCUCUCGAGCCCGUGGUGAACAUGAUCGAGACCAUCCCGUACUCCUUGCUCAACUCCUUGCAGAACCCGAUGGCCACUUACGGCGAUCGCAAGUCCUUCAAGGGCCUUUUCUAUCGCACCCCCAUGGACGCCCAGUUCCUGCGUUCCAUGCUGGAUGAAUUAAACGCGAAGCUCCAGGACCACCCCGACAUGAUCCCAGCCAUGCUGCUGGAGUGCUAUGAUAUGAGGAAGACCUGCAGCGUGCCGCUGGAUGCGACCGCGUUCGCGAAUCGGAGUCUUACGCAGAACGGACUGCUCAACCUGCGGUGGACGGAUGCGUCCAAGGACGCCGAGUAUCGGGCCUGGGCACGGGAAAUACAAGCUAAGUUCAAGACGCAGUUUGAGGCACAGCUUAACGGAGAGGAGACUGCCGAUGUACCGCAGUAUAUCAACUACGCAGAGCCCGGAGACGCCGUCGUCAACAACAUCUACGGAAGUAAUCUGGAGCGCCUGAGGGACGUCAAGGCGAAAUACGACCCGAAGAAUGUCUUCCACAAGAUGCAUCCCGUUUCCCGCGCUUAGUCUACGCAAGCAAUCGAAAUCAAGGGUCCAGCACCAAGUUCGGAAGCUAGUACAUUAGCGGAAUCCUUUCUA